AAAAUUCUUUAUACCACAAUGUUAAAUGGCUGUUCUAUUAAAUUUGGAUGAAAUCUCAUUCCCAAUACGAUGAAGCAGUAAAGCAAGACAAUGUUGGUUGCGACACAAUAGAACUCUGAAAGAACGAAGCAAGAAAUAAAAAUAUCCUAAUUCCCCUCCAUGCGGAAUCAGAUGCCCUGUCAUCCGAUGCCCUAAAUGAAAAUUUGUUUUAAGCGCCAAAAUUAGCCUUCUCGAAAGUUCCAUAGCAUCCGAAUCUUGCGGCAUAACAUGAAAGAUGACGUCAGCAAUCGGAUGGUACGGACCGCUUAUCGAUCUCUCCAAAUCUACUUCUCACAUCGGCGACAUCGUUCAGCUUCUCGUUUUUGUUCACCGGUGCAAUCCCGUUCAGUAUAAGCUAUCAACAGGGGGGGAAGUAAUCAGGACGGACAUUCAGGUUGGCGAUGAUACGCUACCGUUUUUCUCAGUCUCAUUGUGGCAAAAGCAAAUGGCAGCUAAGGCAGUUGCCGGUGAUGUCGUAUUUUUGCAAAAUGUCAAAAUCGCUAAAUUUGGAUGUGUCGUUGACGCUAGAACUGUCCAGUUUUCCUCCUUAAAAUGUCUGAUCCAUCCUUAUGAAUUGCUUAUCUCUAAAGGUGUUGAUGACUUAAUUGGGGAAUGUCGAGUAGGUAAAACGACUAUGGAAAAGUUUGUGAAGGUAAUAAAAUGGGUGCAGCGAGCUGGUUCUUCUCUUUACAACAUUCGGCUCAGCAGCUUUCAGCAGAAGAGGGAGCUGCCAAGGAACUGGACAGUACCGGAACAAAGUGAAUCUCGGGAUAUUUUCCUGCUUUCAGAAGUAUUGCAGCUAAGGAAUUCCUGCAAGGCAGUCUUUAAUGCAUCUGCAGGUGAAAUUUUCCUACCAAUUACCUGGAGAGCACUAGGCGAUUCUGAUAAGGAAAAGAUGUUUGUUAGUAGGAGAAUAAACAACGUUGAAGAUAGUACUAUAGCAGAAGAUUUUACUUGUGUUGGCUGUCAGUUAUGUGGUUCUCCUUUGGAUUCAGAGAAUAGGCAUAUAUUCAAGCAAAACUCAGUUCCACUCUAUUGCCCAAAAAGUUCAGAUCACCUUCACAUUGUGGGCAUGAUAUAUAGGCCCUUCAUGUUAUAUGUGUGGGAUGAAUCAGAAUACCUGCCACUAUUUGUAAGAAACAAGGCUGCCGAGCUCUUGUUUGGAAACAUCAAGGCUGAGAGAGUAUAUUCCUGCUAUAAAGGGCAAAAGAAUGGUCAAAACUGUGAUCAGAAAGAUCAUUGCAAAGAGACUAUUCCUAAAGCUAUUGGGAAAGCAGUGGUGGAUUCUUGCUCAUCAGGUGCAGAUAAGAGCCAACAAGUUGAGGGGAAACACCAUCAUCAUAAAAAGGUUGACUUCCGCCUGAUUUGGUUAAUUCUUCUAAAGAUGCUGUUGCAACAAGGGAAGAACAGCCCUUUGAAGUUUGAAGUAACUGUAAAUACCAGUCUAGAUAUGGAGAAUGGAAAGUUUGAAAUGGUCUCUGUGUCAGUUCCGUGCAUCAGAACCAGAUAGUAAUGUUGAAGUCCAUAUAAUUUGAAAAAUGUGGAAUUUCAAAAAAAUUACUUGGGAGAGAAUUAAUGCUGCAACAAAGUGAACACUGAAUUUCUACAAAAGUAUAUCAAAAAGAGAUCUGAUUCUCAUGCCAAUCAAGUUGAAAAGCUAACUAGCAUGAGAUCAUAUGCCUAUACCAGCUUGGGAUCAAGAUUCAGAUCCCGUAUCUGAAAAAGAUGCUUGGGCUACAGAAUUUUGGGCUUCUAGUAACUUUGGUUGGCGUUCUGCUUGUUCUCUUUCACGUUGAUAAACUUCCAUGAUAAUAUCAAGCAUUCUGUUUGUUGUGCCAAAGAACACAAGCGGUGCUAAAGACUUCAGUUUAUCCCCACUGGAAUAGCUACCAAAGCCCUUGCCAUUGAGAAGAACCAUGUGCCUAAUGAGCUGCAGAUAUCUGCAUUGAUUAGCUCUCACCGCAUUUUCAUUUCAAACAAUAUAUCAAUGUGGAAUAGCAACGUGACGGGAGGAGAAAAGAAUGUUGACAAAUUGUUUCAUGCCUAAGUACGACUUGAGGUGUGACGCUUUCUGAAACGAAAGUAAGGCAGUAAACUUGUUGCUUAGCUUUAUUGCAUUUUCCCCCUAUACAUGGAAUUGUUGAAUAGUUCAAAUCAGGAACCAUGCUUGGUCUUAAUUUGUGCUUGUCAUUUUCAGAUAAGCUGACAAAUUCUAAACUCGGUUUAUAUAAUCAAAUGGUUUGAGAUGUCAAAAUCUCAAAAUUUCUAUAAUA